CAAAAGAUCACAGAGAGCUUGAGAAAAAAUAGGCUUCGUGAGAGUAUAGUGAGGCCUCUGUUCUGUGACGAGACCGAGUUCUCCCAAACACUUCAAGCAUGGCUACUUCGGCUGAGAGGUCCGAGUGGGUGCUCAAUACUCCUGAACCUCCCUCUCUCUGGAGUCACUUUUCUGAUUCCCUUACCAAAACUUUUACUCAGUGUCGCCAAAAGCUUUCCUCUCUCACUGACCAGCCUGGACCCAAGCCUCUUCUUUCGCUCUUGCAGGCACUUUUCCCUAUUCUUCAUUGGGGCCGUCACUAUACUCUCACUAAAUUCAGAAGCGACUUGCUCGCUGGUCUCACUAUUGCCAGUCUCUGCAUUCCCCAGAGCAUUGGGUAUGCGACCUUGGCACACCUCGAUCCUCAAUAUGGCCUCUAUACAAGUGUCGUGCCUCCACUGAUUUAUGCUGUAAUGGGAAGUUCAAGAGACAUAGCAGUUGGACCAGUGGCUGUGGUUUCACUUCUUUUAUCUUCCAUGGUUCAGAAGCUUAUAGAUCCUGCUUCUGAUUCCCUUGGUUACACCAAGCUUGUUUUGACUACCACGCUCUUUGCUGGCAUCUUUCAAGCUGCCUUUGGCCUCUUAAGGUUGGGGUUCCUUGUGGAUUUUCUGUCCCACGCUGUUAUUGUUGGAUUCAUGGCGGGAGCCGCCAUUGUUAUUGGUCUUCAACAGUUGAAGGGACUGUUGGGUAUCACUCAUUUCACCACCAAGACUGACAUCAUCUCUGUCCUCAAAGCUGUCUGGAGAUCAUUCCAAAAUCCUUGGAAUCCUCGUAAUUUCUACCUGGGAUCCUCGUUCUUGAUCUUCAUUCUAUCGACCAGAUUUGUGGCUAAAAGGAAGAAGAAACUGUUCUGGCUUGCGGCAAUCUCACCUCUCGUGUCAGUGAUAGUCUCAACUCUGAUUGUUUUCGUGACAAGAGCUGACAAGAACGGUGUUAAUAUUGUGAAACACGUUAAAGGAGGAUUGAAUCCAAGCUCCAUCAAUCAGCUAGACUUCAAAAGCCCCUUCAUCGCUCAAGUAGCCAAAACUGGACUCGUUGUUGCUCUCGUUGCCCUCACUGAAUCUGUUGCUGUUGGUCGAUCUUUUGCGUCCUUGAAAGGAUACCGUCUUGACGGAAACAAGGAAAUGCUGUCUAUAGGUCUCACCAACAUCAUCGGAUCUUUUACUUCUUGCUAUGUUGCAACUGGUUCGUUCUCUCGGACGGCGGUGAAUUACGCGGCGGGAUGUGAAACGUUGGUGUCGAACAUUGUGAUGGGGAUUACAGUGUUGAUAUCGCUGCAAUUCUUGACGAAGCUCUUGUAUUACACGCCAACUGCGAUCCUUGCUUCCAUUAUUCUCUCUGCUCUUCCAGGACUCAUUGAUAUCUCCGAAGCUUACAAAAUCUGGAAGGUUGACAAGCUUGACUCUGUCGCCUCCUCUUUUGCCUUCUUUGGCGUGCUUUUCUCUUCUGUUGAGAUCGCUCUCCUCUUAGCGGUGGUAAUAUCGUUUUUGAAGAUCAUAUGGAUUUCAAUCAGACCUGGAACAGAAACUCUGGGAAAUCUUCCAGGAACUGAUUUGUUCUGCGAUGUGCAUCAGUAUCCUAUGGCUGUCAAGCCUCCUGGCACUCUAAUCGUACGUCUCAAGUCUUCCUUGCUUUGCUUUGCAAAUGCCACUUUCGUCAGGGAAAGGAUCAUCAAAUGGGUUGCUCGGGAAGAAUUGGAGGACGAUAAAGGAAAUACCACAAGUACCAUUCGGCUCGUGAUUGUCGACAUCUCCAAUUUGGUGAACAUUGAUACAUCUGGAAUUGCUUGUCUGGAGGAACUCCAUCAAAGUUUGGUGUCACAGGGGAAGGAGUUAGCAAUUGCGAGCCCUACAUGGGAAGUGAUCCACAAGCUAAAGGCGGCCAACUUUGUGAGCAAAAUUGGUGGAAGGGUGUUCUUGACUGUUGGCGAAGCUAUUGGAUGCAAAUCCGACUUUUAACUAGUUCUUAUUAUGUAUGUGUCAAGUCUUUUUUGACUUCUUAUUUUUGUGUGUUUCAAGGCCUUGUUUGACUUCUUAUGUAUGUCUGUUUCAAUGCUUGUUUGGCUCAUUGUGCUUUGUCUUUAAUUUGUAUUUGUGGGUGGUGACAUAUCUAUCAGAAUAAGUUAUUCUGUCCUUGCCAAAAAUGAGCUAAGUUUCUACCUUUGUCUAAUUAAAAAGCUGCAGCUUGCAAUAUAUAAUGUUCAUGAUUAAA